GUCUGUGGUUUUCCGCCAGAGUACUGUGAAUUUGGCUCCAGUGUCACGCGGUGCAAAAAAUGGCUCGAAGAAACCCACCCAGACAUAUACCCAAAUUAUUAUAGCGAAGACGCCUUAGCAUCGAGGAUUGGGACCCUCUCCCUAGAAGCCCAAGAAAAACUGGAACAAGAAGCGGCGAAAAAGGAGGCAAAGGCCCAAGCCAAAGCUGAUGCCGAUGCGAAGAAGAAACAGGUCACCAUCAAGCGUAUCGAGCGGACGAAGAAGAAGCAUGUGACGGCCAUACAUAAUUUAGAUGCAUUCGGCAUUGACCUCAAGAAGGCAGCGAAAUUAUUUGCGCAGCGUUUCGCUGCAGGGGCGAGUGUCAGCAAAAACACUCAGGGACAAGACGAAAUCGUGAUACAGGGAGACGUGUCGGACGAAGUGGUGGAUAUGCUCGAGGAAGCAAACGCAAAGGGCCCAGGGACCAGUGGUGUAUCGAUUCUGGCAGGCGUUCCUGCGGAUAACGUCGUCUUAACCACAGAUAAGAAAAAGAAAGCUGUUGAUUAA